GAGGGGGCUGGCCCGGGCUGCUUAGGAGCCGGGCAUCCAGACGGCGGCCGCAUCGCUGUGCGGUUCCUCCUUCCCCUCCUCUCUCUCUCCCCUUCCGUGCCCGCAGUUUUCCUCAAGCGUGUUCAGUCGUCGCCAACAGUCGCAUCCUCCGUGGUUUCCUCGGGACGACGGUGCCGUAACUCCCCCUGCCCUAAAGGUUCCCAAAGUGGGGCUGCCGUUAGGAGAAAUAACCAACCACUGCGUCUCCUGAGCCCCGUGGAUUUGGGUGGAAACGGCAAAAGAGGUGGCACUUCGUAUUUCGCCAUGGACCAGUUUGAAGAUGUAUCAGAUGGUGAAGUAGAUCAUGCUUUCUUUGACAGUGAUUUUGAGGAAAACAAAAAGAAAGCUGAAGAAAAUGGUGAAUGUAUAGAGAAAGAAAAUACAAGUGCAGCUGUUGAUGACCCUGAUUUAGUUUCUAAUCCAAAGGUUGCAAAGUGUUGUGAGGAGGAAAGUGAAGAAAAGCAGAAGGAUUUGCAGAAGGAUCAGCCCCUAGAAAACAACACAGAUAAUCCUGGAGAUGCUUCAUCUUUGUCAGUUUCUCUAGUUGCAGAAAAUGCAGGGACAUCUGGAGUGACAUUUGCAGCAAGUAGAGCAACGCAGGAGAACGUUCCCGCUGGAAUCCCCAAAAUAGUUAAAGAACGUGAAGAAGAUUAUUAUACAGAUGAAGAAGAUAGCAGUGACGAUGGCAAAGCCCAGAAGGUUAGACCAAAAUCAGCUAAGCAGUCAAACAACAUAAAAAAGGCUAGCAAAAAAUAUAUUAAUAUUAGUUCCUCCUCUUCUUCAUCCUCCUCAUCUUCCUCGUCCUCAUCCUCAAGCUCAGAUACAGAUAGUUCUGAUACAGAUUCCGAUAGCUAUUUAUCAGAUUUAUCUUGUUCUUUCUCAAAGAGGAAUGCUUCUAGGAACGAUCUUCUGUCUCCAAAACAAAAAUUCAAGUCGGCACUGAAAUUAGCAGAAGGAAAACCCAAGCUCAGUGAGUACUUGGAGGAGUCUGAAGACACCGUGACUGACGUAACACCUCUGUCAACUCCAGACAUCAGCCCUAUCCAGUCUUUUGAACUUGCAGCGUCAAACGAUAAGAAACUAAAAAUAAAAAGACAGGAAAAUGUGAACCAAGAAUUAUAUGAUUCCGAGUUUGAUCGCAGAUAUAGUCAAAAAGUCUUGCAUGAUGCCAUGGACCUGAAUCAGCUUUUGAAAGCUUUCCUACAGUUAGAGAAAAAAGAACAAAAUCUAACCGUGGAUCAGCCAUCUAAAGGAACAAGGAAAAAUUAUUCUUUUUCGAAUGACGAAGUGAGACGGAUUGAUCGGGAAAACCAAAGGUUGCUAAAGGAACUGUCCAAACAAUCUGCAAAGCCAAGAAGAACCACAUUGAAGAAGUCAGCUGGACCUCCUCCUAGACUGUACCACACUGCCCUCAACAGGCAAAAGGAGCAGCAAAGGAUCGAAAGAGAAAAUCUGGCUUUCCUGAAAAGACUGGAAGCAGUGAAACCGACACCUGGAAUGAGGCGUUCUGAACAAUUGAUGGACUAUCAGCGCCAGAUAAGUUAUCUAAGUUCUUCACCAACUGUAAGAAGAGGAAGAUCUGCUUUCAGCCAGCUUAGUCCUUCUAGAGGUAUUUCGAGAGCAUCGGGUGUACCGAGUACAAGGAGCCAGAGGAAUGAAAAAUCCAUGUCCGAUCCAGCCGGCGGGGUGUUACAGAGACCUAAACCCACUAACGUUCGUGCUGCUUGGUUAUAAGCCUCGUGUUCUGAGAUGAUCCUCAGAAUUCUUUUUUUUACUGCUUUUGUAAAUUCUGUGCGCAAAAAAUUCUUCCUGCAUCGUUCAGUGAUUAAAAUGCAUUGCAUAUGAUAUAAUUGCUUAUAAAAUGGUUUCAAGGGAACACGUUCACUUCGGUCAGUUUUUACCGUGACAGGAAGAACUUAUGAAAGAGAAGGAAGUAUUUGAAUGGACAAGUUAAAUAGAAAUUGCUAAUUGUUACUUUAUUCUCAAAUCAUAAGUGGAUUUUGUAUACGUAACAUGGAAGGACAGAAUUGCUGCACUAUAGGCACAAGAUGUAAAGAAGAUCUUUAAAAUAAUAUUAUUUUAAAAGAUUGCAUUAAACUCGUAAGCAUAUGCUUAA